AUGUUUUUCAUUCAAUUUAUUCUUGGUUUUAUUUCAAUUGAUAUUAUUACAAGUACACUUACAUUGAACAAUAUUUCAUCAAGUCGUGCUAUAAUUCUUGCUUCAUGUCAAGCAGAUAAAAAUGGACUUGAAUCAAUUUCAAUACCCAACAGUCAUCAUUAUUAUUUUUACGUUUCCAGUCAGUUUUCAUCGUCCUUGUCAUCUUCCUCUUCUGUUUCAUCAGUAUUAAAUCUAUCGUAUUGUGAACAUCAACAAACUACUUAUUACUCAUCAAGCGGUUUUUCUAUUCUUCAUUCAUCACCACGCUUUCCUUCAACUAAAAUUCAGGACAAGAAAAAUUCCAUACCAUUUCAAACUCAUAAUGCUGUUCUUUCCGCUGUUGAUCAAUCAUUACGUACUACGAGCGAUACGAUUCCAUUAACAUUAUCAUCAUCAUCAAAUAGAAACCGUGCACUUAUCAAUCAUGAUGAUGGCAUAGUACACGCCACAAUUAAUCCUUUAACAACAAGUAUAUUAUCUAAUAUUAGUUUAAUACAUACAUCAUUACCAACAAUAACGGAAGAAACUCAAAAAAUGAGUAUAAUUUCACUCAUAGGAUGUAUUGCUUGUGGAAUUAUUAUUAUUAUUAUUAUUUAUUCAAUAUUGAAAUAUUGUUGUAACAGAGAUAAAGGCUCGUAUAAGAUUGAUGAGAGUACAAAUUUUACUACGAGACUUAACUCGGAUAAUCAAGAUGGUAAUGGUUGCACUGGUAAAAUACUAUCACCAAACAAUUAUCGUCAAACUUUAUUGACAACCAAUGAAGCAAAUAUUACCGAGUCGAAAGAAUGGUAUGUGUAA